UCGGCGUUCGCGAGCGGGAAGCAAGCGGAGCCUAGCGGAGCCUAACCCUCCUCUUCCCGGCGGGAAAACAGGAAAUAUUUUCUCUUUUAAACAUUAAGAAAUUUGAAGAUGAGGCAAAACGUCUAAAUCUCACUUUCCUGUGAUACCUUAGCCGGAAAACUGUCAAAGUCUGUGGAUAAAUUCAUGAGAUUAAAAUAAAAAGGAUGGCAUCUAGAAUAAAUACCAGUUUCACAAGGAUUCCCAAACAGAAGCACAGAUGUAGUAACCGACGAUCCAGCUAUUUUUCCAGCAAACGAGAUUCAGACUCUCAGCACUUAUCAACUCUUGGAAGUUUUAAAGCCUUGCCAUUGGAAGUAUUCCAAAUAAUCUUAAACUAUUUGUCAGUGAGAGAUGUUGGCAUGCUAAGCCUGGCCUCCAAAACAGUUAGCCGGGUCAUUAUCAAUUAUAUUGAAACCUCCUCAGGAAGCAAGAGACUUUUACUACAGGACUUUCAUAACCUUGAGCUGUCUGACAGGAGACAAGACUUCACUAUUCUGGAGUACUACAGAUCUCUAGGUGUACUAUUUAAAAGAUGUACGUUGCUGCUACCCACCAAGGAAAGACUAAAGUGCAUUCACAGGAUACUCUCAGAAGUUGCCUGUUUUAAAUUCAAUGGCUGUGCAGCUCCCAUGCAGUGCUUAGGAUUAUCAUGUUAUGGCAUGAUUUUACAGACCUUGACAGCAGGUUGGGAUGACCGUGAAUGCCAGCGCGUUUAUAACUUCUUAUGUGAGUUGACCAACCUCUCUCGCAAGAUGCAAACUGUUGUCUGUAGCAAACCAGGAAGUGCCCGAAAACUGGAAUUAAGGAUCAGACUAUUCUGUAGGAAUGUCCUGCUUGAUCACUGGAUACAUCAAAGCGAUUCAGCUUUCUGGCUGACACGAAUAUUAAAACCAUGGCCAAUGGUGAAUCAGGCACGGUUACUGUAUAUCAUUUUUGGGCCAACAUCACCUCAGGAUGGACUGGUGGUUUGGCAGAAAAUGACAGAAGCCCCUACAGAUGAACCCAGUCUGAAAGGUUUGGCUGAUGCUAUUAAAUUACUGUAUGAUACAGGUACCAGAGAGUGGACAGCGGAUGAUAUUAUCAGUCUUAUAGAUGAACUGUCAGUGGUUCCCCGAGAGUGGCUGCUGGAGAACAAUGCACACCUCCUGAUCCUCAGUGGGAACAACAUCUGCUUCACAUUCAUGGCUAGUAAGGCUGUGAACGGACGGGCCCUGGAGCUGGCUCGGCUUGUCGUCUUCUUGGCCUUGGUGUGCGAGAAAGAGCUCUACUGCAUGGACUGGGCGGUGAGAAUGAUGCAGAGAGUCAGCCAUGUCUUCAGCACCCCGGCGGAACGCGUGAACUUCCUGGAGAAUGUGGCCAACACGUUUGCCUGCGUGACGAUGGAGAUGCUGCAGUCGGUGAUGUCGGGAGGUCUCGAGGAGGACAACAGAGGCUUCCUGAGCCUGUUCCACCUGGUGCAGGCGCAGGCCAGCUUCCACAAGGAGGUCCUGCGCGUGGCCCUGGACGCCGCUUCCUGAGCGCAGCGCUCAGCCUCCGCCGCUCCCAGGUGCAGCACCGCGGUGUCCUGGAGAUCAGCGCAGGCGGAGACGCGCAAGACGGAGCUGUGGGAAACCCCGUGGCGGUCAGAGGCUGGAGAGAGCGUGGGCCGAGGGAGUGCGAACUGAAUUGAGGGGAAACAGAAAUGGGGCGCAGGGCUCACUGCGCCUCAGCAGGGACAGCGCUCACCUGCGGCUCUGCAGGCUCAGUUAACACCUGCUUUUUGUUGUCCUACUGUGGUUCUGUUGGCAAGAAUUCUUUCCUCCAGAGUUUAUCAUUUGCAGAUUGAUGCAAAAGCAAAGUUUUUGCUUUUAUCCUGGUUUCAUUUUCUUCUUAGUUUAAGAAUUCAUCCAUAACGGGGUGUGGGGUGUAGGGUGUCGCUGGGUGGCAGAGGAGGCAGAGGACAGAAUACAAAGCAGCACCUGGGUGAGCAGCCGCUCCCCUCGGAAUCUGUCUCUCCCCUUCCCUCCUCCCAGGGCCGCUUCCAAGGCCUGAUGGGUGCCUGUACCAAAGCACUGGUAAUUAUGGUUAUUAUUUUGGCGGGAAAGGAAAAACAAAAAAGUAAAAAUGUUAAUAUAUUGAGUAUUUUAAAGGUUUUACUAAAUAAAGUUUCAUUUUCUUAGAGAAACAAAAUUGGCUUUAGGAAGUUUCCUAAAUUCCCCAAGUCUCUACAACAGGUACCUUCAGGAAGUUGAUGGAAGAAGCAUGACUUAAUUCAAAACAUCUCUUUUCGGAAUUUCUUUUCAGGGCUGGGUAUUGAAGCCAGAGCCUGUGCACACGCAGCAGCGCCAUGCUGCUCAGCUGUCCCAGCCACACUUGACUUAAAUUUUGAAUCUUACACCCUUGAACUGACAGAAUUUGCUGCUAUAAAUUCCUUUAAAUUCAUUCUUAUAUAACUCUCAAUAAUUGUGAGAUUAUUAUCUUUCCUUCCCCAGAAAUUUGGACAAAAAUUUAGUUUUUUGUUUCUCGUGUUUGCAGUGCUGGGGACCGGACCCUGGGCCUCGCACAUGGCAAGCCCUGAGUCCUUUGGGUGCAACAGAGGAGUGCUUUCAUAUUCUACCCCGGAGAAGGAAGCUGAGAAGUUCUUUUUUAACAUUAAGAGAUACAUUUGUGACCAAAUUUGCAGUUUCUACAAUUCAGUGACCCAGUUUUUGCUGAAUACAUUGGUCACAGGAGGGAAGAGAGGUGUCCAGGUUGACAGUGGAGUUAACAUGCAAGCGCGGUCUCCCUAGCAUCAGUCCUGAUGCUGGCCCGGAUCUGGCAGCCAGAUGCCACAGAAAAGGGACACGGCCUGCAACACCCAGAAGCAGUCUUAGCCUGGCCUUGCAGUUGCUAACUGCUCGGACUGCUUAGCCUGACCCCACCCCCAUUUUUUCUCUUUUCUUGUUUUUCCUUCCUUCUUUCCAGUACCAGGGAUCAAACCCAGGGCCUUACACAUGCCAGGUGAGCACUGGACCACCAAGCGAUCCCCCCAACUUCAGCCUCUCUCUCUAAAUCAGAAGAUCCGGGCCGGGGAUUUAGCUCAGUGGUUCUGCCGCCUGCCUUGCAAGUGGAAGGACCCGAGUUCGAUCCCUGGUACUAAAAAAAAAAAAAAAAGGAAGAUCCGUCUCCAUUAGCAGCCUGGGCUCCCAGCACUUCUUUCCCCUCUUCUAGCAGUUUCCUCAGUCCAAUUUGACUUGGGUGUGUAGUGUGGUUUUUACUUUACUAGAAAACAAGUUACUGACACAUCAUUAUAUUUAUAUUUAUUAUUGUUAUUAUUGUAUAUUGUUUGGUUUUUGGUUUUUUGAGACAGGGUCUUGCUUUAUACUGCAGGCUGGCCUUGAACUCAUGAUGUAGCCCAGGC